UGACCCCCAUUGACCCCCGGUGUCCCCAGGCCACCCGUUCAUCAUGACCGUGGGCUGCGUGGCCGGUGACGAGGAGUCCUACGAGGUCUUCAAGGAGCUCUUCGACCCCGUGAUCCAGGACCGGCACGGGGGCUACAAACCCACCGACAAGCACCGCACCGACCUCAACCACGAGAACCUCAAGGGCGGGGAGGACCUGGACCCCAAGUACGUGCUGAGCAGCCGCGUGCGCACCGGCCGCAGCAUCAAGGGUUACUCGCUGCCGCCGCACUGCAGCCGCGGCGAGCGCCGCGCCAUCGAGAAGCUGUCAGUCACAGGUGAGGGCGUGGCCUAAAGGGGCGUGGCCUGU